AUGGAGACCGGUAGGCUUCAUCCAACGGUUCGAGACAAUAUCCAGUGGGCUGGAAACGGGAUCUUGACUUACUCUGAUCCAGAUUUCCCAUACACUGACUUACAACCAAUAAGGAUCAGUAAUACUCGGGCAACAUACUCUGUUGGCCAAGAUGAGCGUUCGCUAGAGAACCCUCGUGGGUACCGUACCGCGCCGAUACCUCAAUCUUGUCAAGUCCAGUAUCCAUACGGACCAAGAGAGGUGCUCGCGGCUCUGGUGAAGGAGAUGUCCAGCUCUUCAGACUCUUCGGACUCUCCUGACUCCCCCGGUUCCCUAGAUUCGCCCAGCUCCCCAGACUCACCAAGCUCUUCGCAGGGUGAGAGCCCUAGGCAUAGCUCAGAGUUUGAGGACCGCGAUAUGCCCUUACACGUUCGCCCCCUUGUCCGCCGUCGAGUGACGACAGACCACGACAGAUCACCCGAACCAGAGCGCCAACGGCAUCGAGAACGGGUCGCUGGUUCCGAGCGCAGGCACCCACGCCAUCGUAGUGUCACCCCACCACGAACAAGGCGGGAGCCGCGGUCCGAGAGGGGUUUCCAGGGACCAACAGCUCGGCGGAUUCAAGACUUUGCCAGAAAUCCGCAGCUAUAUCCUCCCCACCCCAGGGCUCGCGAAGAACAUGGUGAUCGCCGGCGCCGAAGAUCCGAGGCUCAAGUGAGGCCGGACAUCACGCUUGACUCCUUGUGGGGAGAGGUUGAGCAAAUGUGCUUGGAGUCGGAGCCGUCGUCACCGGAAACUGCACGUCCUCCUGUGACCCAAAGACCUGCUGCGCCUCAGCGUCGAUCUGCUCGGCCGGAGCACCCGAGACGAACAGCCACUCAUGCUGGCUCUUCGUCGGGACGGUCACACCGGAGACGGGAUGAGCACGAGCGGGAGCGGGACAGUGGGAGACUGGAAACUCAAGUGGGACAAGGUGUCAUUAUCGACGCGCCAAACGCAAGGCGUGAUCGAACCCGCCGAGAAGCAGAGCUAGCAUCUGCUGAAAUCCCACGUGAUCCUGCGCCCCCGGUAAUCACCACACCCUCCCGCCGCACAGCUCGGCCGCAGGCGUCAAGACGGGCGACGACUCCAGUGAGUUCGUCCGGCACCUUCGUCACGGUGAGGCAUCCACCCCGGCCCCCUCAAAGUCUCGCGGAACAUCUACGUGCGAUAGACGAGAUGUCAGGGAUGCCAUCCAAGCUGAAAAAGGAUGGCGAUGAGGGUUCGAUGGUCGUGCAGAUCCACCAGGAUUCGUGCCAUCGUCGGGGUCGGCGGCAUCAUCAUCGUGAUGAGCGGGAUGGCAAGCCGGCUGAGCCGAAGAAGUCUAGGACUUCGCGGCUGGGUUUCUUGAGUCACUUGGUAAGGAACACAUAGGUAGGUCCGGCUCUGUUCAUGUGAUGGUUUGAUGGUCUUGGUCUUGGUCUUGGUUUAUGGGUUAUGGUUGAUGUUUUAAUGGUUCAUGAUUAGGUAUUUAUGACCUCUGGUAGGUAUAGAAAAAAGUCUUGCAUGGUUGGCAGCAUAGGGUUGGGAUAACGGAAAGGAAAUAAUAAUGAUAAGACUGG